AUGCAACCCGCCAUCCUCCUGCGGCGAGUAGCACGACCACCCCCAUCGACAUGCCUCCGACACCUCCGCUAUGCCUCCUCCGAGCCCUCGAGCCAGGUCUCCCAACCCUCCAGCACAACCACCGCCAUUUCUACCGAAGAACUCACCUCCGCCCGCCGGUACUGCCUCGACACCCUUCGCAAAUACGACACUCCCUCAUCCCUGCUACUCCCGUACAUCCCCACACAAGCCCGAGAUGCCUACAUCGCCCUCCGCGCGUUCAACAUUGACGUCGCCCGGACCGCAGACACCACGUCUACGCCCACAAUAGGUAGCAUGCGUCUGCAAUUCCAACGAGACGCCGUGACGAAGUCCUUAGCUGGGACGCCCCCAAAGCAACCAAUCGCUAUCCUCUUAGCACACGCAGCGGAGGGACUAGAAGCAAGAACAGAUGGAAAGGCGAGGUGGAGCAAAAGUUGGUUCAUGCGAAUCGUCGAUACGAGGGAAAAGUACCUCUCUAACCCUCCGUAUCCGAACAUCGAGGCUUUAGAAGGGUACGCGGAGAACACGUACUCCACGCUGCUCUACUUGACCUUACAAGCGCUGCCCAUGGCAAGUCUAACAGCUGACCACGUAGCGAGCCAUAUCGGCAAAGCCUCAGGGAUAGCAGCAGUGCUGCGAGGACUGCCAUUGAUCGCCUUCCCCGGACCACAAAAUAGUCACAGUAAUCAAGGUCAGAUGGCCGGAGAUGUCGGAGCAAGUAAGCAAGGCGCCGUGGUGUUGCCGCUAGACAUCAUGGCUUCUACCGGCGUUCGAGAGGAAGAUGUCCUGCGAAAUGGAGCUGAGGCGAAAGGGCUGCGAGACGCGGUAUUCCAGGUCGCUACGCGCGCGAACGACCAUCUCAUCACGGCAAGGCAGAUGCUGGAUUCCAUCCGCGCAGGUCAAGGGGAAGGACAUGAAUUCGAGCACGGGCAUGAAGAAGAGCACACAGCGUUCCCGGGAGUUCUGGGUGGCGGGAAAGCGGAAACGCAGGCGCAAGAGGUGGAAAGGGCUUUUGGGGUCUUCAUGCCGGCCGUUGCGACGCAGUUGUGGCUGGAUCGGCUGCAGAAGUGCGAUUUUGAUGUUUUCGAUGCCAAGUUGAGGGUGACGGAUUGGAAGUUGCCUUGGAGAGGGUUUUGGGGGUGGAGGCGGCGGAAGAUUUGA